AUUUUCUAGGAAGAUAUUGGGGAAGCAACAAGGAAAAUCCCGAAUUGGAUCCCAAAUUAACGGGUUAGUGUGAGCUUAUCCAUGCGGUUAUGCACUCUUCUUCGGACUCGGAGAAACUGUUAUUGUUUUCUCGUCUAGUCUUUCUCAGAGAAGAUUUGUAAUUCAUUUUGUUUGGCGAGGAUUGUGCACACAAGGUGUUUGAUAGAAUGUCUAAACCGUUAUUAUACAGAAGAUGUUCCAUCUCUUCCGGUCUGAUCCAAAUUUUGAGAAUCGAUAUGCUUCGAGAAACUGAAAAUUUCUUCUUGUUUCCUGGAAGUAGAUCGCAAUGGACGGUUGUUCAGGUGCGACACAAGUCUGGUGGAGGAGGAUGGAGACCCAAGCAGAAAGUAUAUCACAGAGUUCAUGAGCUUGAUAAAGCGAUAGACUUGAACAAGAAACCAGCUCUGAUACUCCAGUUGAAAUCUAUUAUUCAGGCGCAGAAACAUGGAAGCCUUCUUCUUAGGGAUCUUGAGAAGCAUGUUGGGUUUGUUCACAAGUGGAACUUAAUGGCUGCCAUUGAGAAAUACCCUUCGAUAUUUUAUGUUGGAGGUGGAAACAAGGAACCUCCUUUUGUUAUGCUGACUGAGAAAGCUAAUAAGAUUGCAGCUGAGGAAGGUGAAGCUACAGAGUCAAUGGAACCUAUUCUGGUUAAUAAUCUUAGGAAGUUAUUGAUGAUGUCUGUUGAUUGUCGAGUGCCUUUGGAGAAGGUUGAGUUCAUCCAAUCUGCAAUGGGUUUGCCUCAAGAUUUUAAGAGUACAUUGAUCCCUAAGUACCCUGAAUUUUUCUCUUUAAAGGUUAUCAAUGGAAAAGUUAAUCUUGUCUUAGAGAAUUGGGAUUCUUCUCUGGCAACCACGGCACGAGAGGAUAGGUUAUCCCGUGAAGGAGUCCCCGAGUCAGUUGGGGACAGAAAGAGGGUCAGGAUAACAAAGGAUGGCAAUUUCUUGGGACGAAAUGCGUUUAAGGUUUCUUUUCCUCCUGGUUUUAGGCCUAACGCAAGUUAUUUAGAGGAAUUUGAGAAGUGGCAGAAAAUGGAAUUUCCAUCUCCUUAUCUUAAUGCAAGAAGAUUUGAUGCUGCAGAUCCUAAAGCUAGGAAACGAGUUGUAGCUGUGCUUCAUGAACUGCUCAGUUUAACAAUGGAGAAGAGAGUGACAUGCGCUCAGUUGGAUGCAUUCCACUCUGAGUAUCUGCUUCCGUCAAGGCUAAUACUUUGCUUGAUAAAGCAUCAAGGGAUCUUCUACAUUACUAACAAAGGAGCAAGGGGUACGGUAUUUCUCAAAGAUGCUUAUGCUGGUUCUAAUUUGAUCGAGAAAUGCCCAUUGUUAUUGUUCCAUGAUAGAUUUGUUGCACUCUGUGGUCGGAAAGAAGUCAAUCUAUCUAAUGAAAUGCAGUCUUCAAGUGUUUUCUCCUAAUCUUAUAUCAAGCAAAUAAGAUUAAGUUUUUAGGACCCUGAACCUGAUAAGCAUUUCACUGUAUCAUAUCUUCUUACCGUCAGUGUCUUCUCAUGUGAAGAAAAGAAACGUACUUGUUAAGAUAUUAAAGUUUCCACCAACAAACAGAAGUGUAAAUAGUAUGUGGUGAUUGAGGAUGCUAACUUUCUGAAAGCCAGAACGUGUCACAGCGUCUGAUAUGGUACCCAAGGGAGAUGUGACUGGCUUAUUGACUAGGUACUGUGAAUGUGAUUUGAACUAUCUCGUCCAUGUGGAGGUUGUGGAUGCAGUUAGUAUUAUAAUACACUUGUUUUUAUCUCUAUGUACACGACUCUCUUGAUUGUUUUCUGGAGAAAACGAUAACGGAAUCUUCUUCGUGUUUACACACGACGGAACAUUUAUUUGAAUGCAGGGAAAGGGGGUCCAGAACUCAUGUGGCUUGUGAAGGCAUCAUGGGAAAAGAGCCAAAGGGAAAAACAAUUAAGUCGCACUCCACAAUCCCCAAUUUUAGACCUGAGUCGCAUUCAUGUUCAAAAACAAAAGUGAUUUUCAGAAGACUUCACACCAAAUCCACUCAGUCUAAAAGAGGGAAAAAAAACCCCAAGAGAAAUAGAGUUUUGCUUUGGCAUUGGUAGGUCACUGAUAUUCCCAUGUAAAAGGAAAACAAAAUGCUCUUAGUGCUUUUUUUUGUAUCGUUUUAAAUUUAUCCCUUUGUGAUUGUCUUUGCCAAAUUCUGUAUCAUCAUUAACCCUUCUAAAAUUUGUAAUUUAAUGAA